UAUUAGGUAUUAGAUUGUAAUCCCUUUCGGAACAAAAUUGUAUUGAACAGUGAUUGCAAUUUUAUAAUGUUAUGUGUACUUUAUUAGUUUUUAUACAUUUAACCAAGUGAACUGUUACUUUUCAAUAGUCUCUGUACUCAAACUAAUCAUCCUUUUCGACUUAGUGAACUUGCCGUGAUAAACUCUAAAUAUAAGUAUAGAUGUUACGUUGGCUUAGACUGAAUUCAAUGGUGCUAACCAAAGAUGUUUCACUGUAGUUAAAACCUCUUUGGUGCUUACCUUGUUCUGUAAGCAUUUACCUUUCUAAUAAACAUUUAUUUCCAAAUUCAUUAGAAAAUAUAUCAAUUGGGACUUCUCAAGUGGUCCUGCAUCCAACCUCUGUCAGAUUGACACCAGAAAUUAAUAAUAGCUGCUCACCAUCAUUUACAGAUAAUACUAAGCUGUGGAGUGAUAUGAGCACAAAACAGCUUAUUGAUUUAUGCAAGAAAUAUGACAAAGAAUUUUCGACAGGAAUAAAAAAAAUUGUUUGGGACAAAAUCUCAAAAGAAAUGUCUACAAUGUUUGGCUGGCAAUUUACCUCACAACAAUGUGAUACAAAAUGGAAGGGUCUUAAAAACACCUACAAAACAGUUAGAAGACAUAACGAGCAAUCAGGUAAUGCCCAUAAGUACUGGAAACAUUAUGAUGCAAUGAAUGAUAUUCUCUUCAGUAAACCAGAGAUAAAUGCAGUUGCCACCUGCUCCAGUGCUAAUGGGCUCGUUAUAAGACCCAUAAGUAGAGAAGACAAUUUUAGUAAUGAUUCCAUAAAUGAGGACAAAGAUACCAUUGAAGCUCCUCAGAUAUAUUCGUACUCAUUUAUGAGGAAAUGCAAAUGCAUAGAUAAUGCAAUGGAACGGAGACACAAGGACAAAAUGGCAAGGCAGGAUAGAUUCUUAGACCUGUUUGAACGUUUGACAAAGGCAAUCGAAAAAGGCAGCGGACAAAGUGAAAGUUCUGGUAUCUAAUAUAUUUUCAGAUUAUGUUUAGUUUUUUUAUUUUUUUAUAUUUAGUUUUACUUGUUUAGAUUUAGUUUUAU